AAGACCUUUUUAAAAAUGAAGGAAACGUGUCUCACUUGUGCGACCAGCAGCAAUGCCCUGAGCAGCCGGCCUCGGACAAGUCACCGCGCUGCGCACUGUGCUGCAUUCCAGGGCAAAGCACGGGGGGAAACUCGCUGCCAUGAGAAGGUUCUAACCCAGUCUGGACUCGUGCCAACAAGCAGGACUAAAACCGGGCUGUCCCGUAGUUGGGGUUUGAUCUGUCUGCACCGAAGUCAAGGGCAAGACUCCCACCAGCUGCAGGAUCGGACCCCGAGAGCGCAGUGCUCAGACAGGGAACGUUGUGUAGCCGAAGAGGGCCUGGAGCGAGACUGAGACCAAAUGAGAACAGACACGUGCUCUGCAGGCCCCAUGCUAAGCUUCGUCGGCUGAGCCUGUAACGUUGGUUUGGGCCAGUCUCGGAGCCCUGCCGACGCCAGCAACGUUAAUACACGGCGGCUUCUGUCUUCGUUUCCCUGUGCAGCAUGGACGAGGGUUUUCUCUCGUGCAGGACUGUAGCAAUACCAAAGACUUACCGUGAGCAGGGCCUGCGAUUCAGAGGCGCCGAGCACUCUCACCAUCCAGUGAUAUUAAUAUGAGCUCAGAGUGCUCUGCCCCUGUGUCUGGCUCAGUACCAUGUGAUGGUUUCCCAAGCGCUAUCAAAGCGUAGUUCAAACAAAUGCCCGAUUACCCACUCCAGCGGUGGCCCCAGACUCUUCAGUAGCCCUGUUGCAUGAUGCAGAGGCUGGAUUAUUGGUGGAUCGUGCAUGUGUAAUAGGAGCAUAAUUGGGUGUGUGAUUCUACCCUGAUUUAACAAACGGAGAAAGCGGGAUUCAGUGACAUGAACUUGUUCCAUGCUGCAGAGGGUUGGAAUCCCAGGAGUUCCUGGCUCCCGGUCCUGUGCUCAGGCACCUAGAUUGCGCUGUCUCUACCUGAAGAGCAAUUUACAGCACCUGAGAAAAUAUUAUCUCUGUGCCCGCAGGCUGGCUCGUAGUGCUGUGUCUGCAGAUGUGAACCUGCUCUCCUGGGGCAGAGCCAGCCUGUUGCAAUUGCCUUUCCAGCUGCUUUCCCCACCGCGAGGGCAGCACAGAGCCUCUUCAAACAGCCACAGCAGCAGCAGGCCAGUCUGAGUGGGAGUUUGGCACAAGAGAGACUGAUCCUCGUGGGGACGGGGCCUUCAACAGAGGAAAGGAAAGCGGAGCCAUUAGGGAGACACGAGGGAGUCAUGCAGCCCCCAGGAAGGUCCAGAGGACAGACUGAUUAUGGUGGGCAAUAAAGCGCAUUAUUGGGUGUCCCUGCCACACUCACAGCGCAUUAUCAUUCCUCUUGGGGCAUCCCCGGCCGCACUUUGCCUAUAAAAGUCUGAAAUCUGAGUGUUCGCCUCACCCACCAAAAUGAAGCCGACAAAGAAGCUGGAGAGCGCUGGCACCUGUGAGGGCAGGAAGGGGAAAAUGACCCUUCUGCUUGCAUGUGUAACACUGGUGUCUGCCUUUGGAUCCUCUUUCCAGUAUGGUUACAAUGUCUCCGUGAUCAACAAUCCAGAGGUGAUCAUGAAAAACUUUUACAAUCAAACCUACUUUAAUAGGACGAGCAACUUCAUGGACAGCAGCUUCCAAACGCUGCUCUGGUCUCUCACAGUAUCUAUGUUCCCACUGGGAGGCUUCUUUGGGUCCCUUAUGGUAGGCCCUCUGGUGAACAAGUGUGGCAGAAAGGGCACUUUGUUGGUAAAUAACAUCUUCUCCAUUGUCCCUGCGAUCCUCAUGGGAACCUCCAAAGUGGCAAAGACCUUUGAAGUGAUCAUUCUCUCACGAAUCAUCGUGGGGAUAUGUGCAGGCCUGUCCUCCAACGUUGUUCCCAUGUACCUGGGAGAGAUGUCCCCCAAAAACCUGAGAGGUGCGACCGGGGUGGUGCCCCAGCUCUUCAUCACCAUAGGCAUCCUUGCAGCUCAGGUCCUGGGGCUUACUAAAAUCCUUGGAACCAUUGAAGGCUGGCCAGUGUUACUAGGGCUAACUGGGAUCCCUGCAGUGAUGGAACUCCUCCUGUUGCCCUUUUUCCCUGAGAGUCCCAGGUACCUGCUGAUACAGAAGGGCAAUGAGGAACAAGCCAGACAAGCUCUGAGGAGGCUGAGAGGCUGGGAUGACGUGGAUGACGAGAUCGAAGAGAUGCGCCAGGAAGACCAGUCGGAGAAGCUGGAAGGUCGCCUGUCCGUCUUCAACCUCUGCACCUUCCAGGCCCUGAGGUGGCAGCUCAUCUCCAUCAUUAUUAUGAUGAUGGGCCAGCAGCUUUCUGGAAUUAAUGCGGUCUUCUACUAUACAAACAACAUUUUCGAGCCAGCAGGUGUGAACUUAAAUGAUGUGCAGUAUGUCACCGUGGGGAUAGGUGCAGUCAAUGUGGUCAUGACAUGUGUAGCGGUUUUAAUCAUCGAGUCCCUGGGGAGGAAGCUUCUGCUUCUCGCUGGCUUUGGCAUCUGCUGCGUAGCCUGUGCUGUGUUAACAGUGGCCCUCAAUCUCCAGUUCACUGUCUGGUGGAUGAAAUACCUCAGCAUAGUCUGCGUCGUCGCCUAUGUCAUCGGACACGCCAUUGGAGCGAGUCCAAUCCCCUCCGUGAUGAUCACUGAAAUGUUCCUUCAGUCAUCCCGGCCUGCAGCCUUCAUGGUGGGUGGAUCUGUGCAUUGGCUCUCCAACUUCACGGUGGGGCUUGUCUUCAGCUACAUGCAGAAAGGGCUUGGAGCCUAUUGCUUCCUUGUCUUCUCUGCCAUCUGCCUGGCCACCGCCAUUUACAUCUUCUUCAUUGUCCCUGAAACCAAGGGCAAAACCUUCAUGGAGAUCAAUCAGAUCAUGGCUAAGAGGAACAAGGUAGAACUCCAGAUGGACAAAGAAGAGCUGGACGAUUUCCAGCCAGCUCCAGAGACAGAGAAGAAGAAGGAAGGACACGCGGUCAGUGUGCUCUAGCCCAGUCCAGCAUGCAGACCAACACAGCAGUGAGCAGGGGUUCUGUUUGGUGUGGGAGCAGCUGCUUGGCUGGACCUUUGCUUUUUCAUUCGAGACUUUUUCGUCUGUCUCCCACAGCAGCAGAGUGUCUGUAGAAGCCAGGAAGCGGAGUCAUGCUAGCUGCCCCCUGCCAGUACUAGCAUGAAUGGUGGUGGUAAUAGUUUGAGUUUAAGAAGGGAAACUACAUUCUCUGAGCUAACUAUGGGCCUUAACUCUCAGCCAGCAAAAAAAAUGUCACUUAAUGCUUAUGUGGAGCUGACGAACCUUGGUCAUUGGCAAGUGGGAUUGAACCUGGGGCCUUAGGAGCUAAAUCCACGUGCCUCUAUCACAAGGGUAGAGAACCAGGGGCCAGAUGCAGCCCCCGGCUUGCCUGGAUCCAGCCCUUGAGGCUUGGGGUUCCUCCCCCAACAUCAGGAGCUCAAGUUGAUGCUCUAGCCCCUCUACCAUCUCCCUGUAGGGCUGGAGCACACAGAAUCACACUACUCUGGUGUGUGAGGAGAAUGUAGGGGGUGUCUUUCUUCUUCUCAAUAACGGGGGCCAGGGCAAUGAAGAUUUUUUGUUGUUUUUAGUUUUGUUUCUCAUGGGUUUGCGAUCCCCGACUGAUUUUUCUGUGGGUCUGUGGCCCCUGACCCAAAAAAGGUUCCCCGCCCCUGUUCUGCUGCAUGAGCCAACUGGCCCUCAGCUAAGGCUGUAGAGCAGACUUCACUUUCCCUUUCUCAGUCUGCUGGGUUACACUGAGUUGGUGCAUCCAAAGUGCUCUGCAACCUAGUCCGAAUUCUGGAGGGGCAGGUAUUGCUAUCCCUGUCUUACAGACAGGGAAACGGAGGCAGCGAAGUUUAGAACCAGGAUUAGAUUCCACAAAUGCCUACCUCCCAGUGCUAUUAUGGCCAGUAGACUGUGCUGCCCUCUGGUGGAUGUAGGCUGUCAGUUCAAUGGAAGCCACGUACUAACUGGGGUCAUCGCAGUAGGAACCAAACCAAAAGAUAAAGACAAAGAGAGUAUGGUACAAUGAGAGCUCUGGGGCUGGGGAGGGUGUGGGUUAGUGAGGGACCCUGGUCUAUCUUCAGAACCUGCUCCAGGUGGCCCAUCCCAACAGCAAGAGAGACCCCACUCAGUGGGGGAGACACUGCUCGUCUAGCAUCUAGACCGCACUGCACGGAGAGGGGAGACCCCUCGCCAUAAACCUAACAUCCCGACAUCCCUUCUCCCUGAAGACAGAGGGACCUGUGGGCAUCACCCCCAGUAUUCCCUCCGGCAGCUUGGACCCUUUGGGCCUCUCUGGCAUCCCCCAACUCUGACAUAAUCAUGCAGCCACGUGGCUAGGAGCAACAACAACAUGAUAUAGGGCUGAGCUUUGGUGCUGUGUGGGACUUCCCAGCGAAGGAAAAAACAUGGCUCCUCAACCUCCUUCCCGCUGCAACUCUGGGUAGUUUUGCAUCCUGGGGUUCAUGAGUUCUGAGCCCCUCUCCCACUGAAGUCCCCCCAGGUACGGCCUCUCCACUUCCACAUGCAGUUUCUGUCACAUUGUAGGCCUGGGACAAACCAGCGUGGCGCCAAGUAGACCCCUCCCAGGUCAGUGUAGGGUUGCCAGGUGUCCGGUUUUGAACCGGACAGUCCAGUAUUUGAGCUUUCUGUUCAGGAAACAAAU